AUGAUUGAAUUAACGAAGAUCCCUCCUUGUUUCUUCCCGCGUAAAUGGACGCAUACGUAUCUCUAUCCAAAUAUUAAACAACCAUAUUUAUUACUUGAAUUAUGUAGUUAUCAUGGAGCAGUCAAUUGUUUUAAGUUUUUAAGAACAAAAUUCAAUUCUGAAAUCACCAUAGAAUGUCUUGAACUAUCAUUUAUAGGUGGAAAUCCAGAAAUCAUGAAUGAAUGCUUGAAAAAAUUCGAACCAAAUGAAAAUUGUAUGAAAUAUGCAAUUAUAUCUCACAACAUUGAUUUUGUAGCAUUUUUGAUGAACGAAUACGGAAUUGAAGUCAAUUUAGAAGAUUGUAUUAAAUACAAAAACCUUCAGGCAUUUUAUAUAUAUUUGGAUAAAACAAAUGAUAUCGACCAUUGCUUUGCUAAUUCACUAUCAUUUCAUGAUCAAAAUCUUUGUAAAUAUUUGUUUUCACAUGGCGUUGAUAUGUAUUCAAAAAAUUUAAAUAGUGAAACAGUUUUUGUUUACGCAAUACGAAUUUCUAAAAAGGAAAUUAUAGAGUUACUAUUAUUACAUGGUUUUGAUAUCAAUACAAAAAAUAUAAGCGGUGAAACUGCCCUUCAUUUAGCAUCCAAAAUUCAUAACACUGAAUUGAUCAAAUAUCUUGUUUUGCAUGGUUCAGACGUCAAUUCAAAAGAUAAUGACAAUAAAACACCACUUCAUUAUCUAUCAAAGUAUGAUGAUAUAGAAAUUACCAAGUUUCUUAUUCUACACGGUGCUGAUGUUAAUGCAAAAGAUAAUAAAAAUAGAUCAAUUCUCCAUUACGCGGCCGAAUAUGAAGAGAUAGGUUAUGGAGGAGAAUCAUAUUUUUAUUGUUUUCCUGAAGAUAAAUGCAAAGAAAUAUUAGAACUUCUUAUUUCGCAUGGUGCUGAAGUUGAUGCAAAAGAUAAUGAAGGUAAAUCAAUUCUUCUAUGCGCUACUGAGCAUAAAUGCAAAGAAAAAAUCGAAGUUCUUAUUUCGCAUGGUGCAGAUAUGAAUACAAAAGAUAAUGAAGGCAAAUCGAUUAUCCAUUAUGCAAUUGAAAAGAGAGACCAAAAAAUAAUUAGAUAUCUGAUUUCGGUUGGUAUUGAUAUUGAUGUUAGGGAUCGUGAAAAUAAAACUGGUCUCCAUUAUGCAGUUAAAGACAAUAAUAAAGAAGUAAUAGAGCUUCUAAUUUCACAUGGCUCUGAUAUCAAUGCAAAAGAUAAUGAUAGCAAAACUAGUCUUCAUCUUGCUGUUGAAAAUAAUAAUAUAGAAAUAAUUGAAUUUCUAAUUUCACAUGGCUCUGAUAUCAAUGCAAAAGACAAUGAUAGCAAAACUAGUCUUCAUCUUGCUGUUGAAAAUAAUAAUAUAGAAAUAAUUGAAUUUCUAGUUUCACAUGGCUCUGAUAUCAAUGCAAAAGAUAAUGAUAGCAAAACUAGUCUUCACCUUGCUGUUGAAAAUAAUAAUAUAGAAAUAAUUGAAUUUCUAGUUUCACAUGGCUCUGAUAUCAAUGCAAAAGAUGAAAGUGGCCAAGCUCCUCUUUAUCUUGCAAUCGUUAAAAAUUUACAAGAAAUCACAUAUUUCUUAAUUGAAAAUGGUGCAGAUGUCAACUCUAAAGAGAAUAAUUAUGGAGAUACGGCUCUUCACUAUACAGUAUUUAAUUGUCAUAUAGAAUGUUUAGCUCUGUUAAUUUUGGGUGGUGCAAAUGUCAAUGCAAAAGAUGAUUUAUUUGGAAAUACACCUCUUCAUUAUGCGGUGCUAUUUGACGAUCACAAAAUAGCAGACAUUUUAUUAUCAGUAGAGGUUAAAGCAGAUAUUGAUGCUAAGAAUAUGAAUGGUCAAACAUCUCUUCAUCUUGCAGUUGCCAAAAAUAAUUUAAGAAUGGUAGACUUUCUGAUAGAUCAUGGUGCAGAUUUAAAUUCAAGAGAUAACGAAAAUAAAACACCACUUCAUUAUGCAACUCAUCUUAAUAAUCGUGUAAUGGUAGACGAACUAAUUAGAAAUGGUGCAGAUGUAAAUGCAAAAGAUAAAGAAAAUAAAACACCACUUCAUUAUGCAGCUCAAUUAUAUAAUAAUGAAAUUGUAGACACACUAAUUAGCUAUGAUGCAGAUUUAAAUUCAAUUGAUUGUAAAGGAAUUCCUGCCAUUCGUUAUUUAAACAGAUUUAAAUUUGCAAAAAAGAAGAAAAAGGAUUGGUUGGAAAAUGAAUAUGAAUACGAAUGCAGAAAAAGUCUUAUUUAA